AUGACAUAUGUGCGUACAUUCUAUGACUCCAGAGACAUUGGGACAGUGUUCCAGCUGCAAGGAAGUGUGUCCGGAGAGGAAGAGGAAGACCUUCAACAGAUCUGCACCCCCGCUGACGCGGUGAACCUGACGGAGCUAGAGCCGUCGGACGGGGUGUUGGGUGUAACGUGCUGCGUUCCGCCUGAGAAGCUAGACGCGGUAGAGACUACUGUGACGAAGCGGGUCAAGCAGAGAAUAGCGGAGCUGUCUCAGAGGAGCGGAGAAAAUGGAACCUGCAUCCGACUUGAAGAAACGCCGAUCGUCGUCUUGUCAGGAGACGAACUGGACGCCGUCAUUGACGUCGUCGUCUUGGCGGUCAACCGCGGGCUCGACCCGAGAAGCACCCAGGAGAACAACUCACCGCCGAAGUGGAGCUUUUCCGGAGCCUGCAGCUUUUCCCUGACGGUGGUUACGACCAUAGGGUACGGGAACCUGGCGCCGUACACACCGGGAGGACAAGCGUUCUGCGUGAUGUACGGGGCGUUUGGCAUCCCUCUGACGGCUGUGCUACUGGCUAAGGUAGCUCAGGGGUUGAGUGGCCUUGCUGUCCGAAUCGCUGACAGAAUCCGACGGUCCAGACCGCAGUGGAACCCCAAAGGUAUCCGUGACGUAGUCCGUGCUUUCUUCGUAACGUUGGGUUUAGCCGUGUUCCUGAUACUCCCCGCCCUGACCGUGUCUCUCGUCGAGGGUUGGAACUUCCUGAAGUCUCUCUACUUCAUGUUCGUGUCCCUCAGCACCAUCGGCUUCGGAGACUACGUCGCGGCCAGCCAGAGGGACGUCAACUACUCGGCGGCGUACCAGAUCGUCAUCUCCGCCUGGAUUCUCUGCGGCCUCGCCUUCCUGGCCUUGGUCUUCGACCUCAUCACGGGCGGCAUCGAGAAGGUUAGCGGAAAGGUAGAGAGCAAGGAGGCGGACAAGGUCGAGACUACCGCCGAGGAGGGCGAUAAUAAUGUCCGGGGGGAAGUCUUCACCGCAGAUGUCUGCAAGGAGACCAAGCAACGAUCAGAGAACGCCGGUGAGGCUAGCAGGAGAGAAGAAGAUCUAGAAGAUAACGGCAUUGAUGAAAUUAUUCUGAAAUCAGCCUCUGUCGUGGACCGUAAAAAAUACCCCAAAGGUAAAGAUGGUGUGAAACCUGGGUACUCCGCGCAAUUGAACUUCGGAAGUGUUUUCCACUUGUUGGAAGAAUCCGAGGAGACGCGCAUGCGAGAGGAAGUUUUUACCCUACAGGAAACGUUGACGGGUAACACGAGUGAGCUAGCCAGCCUCUGCGCCAUCGGGAAUUACACCGCUGACAACAUCGAGGGCUCCUCCGAAAGUGACAGUCCCUGUUGCGUCCCACAGAAAAGCAUUCGAGAGAUUCUAGCAUACAUCGAGGCCAGUGUGAUCUUGAAGCUGGCAAACCUGAGCGAGAAUAACGGCACCUGCGUCCAUUUAGAACAUUUGCCCAUGGUCGUCCUGUCUCUGGACGAGAUAAACAACAUAGUCGACGUCGUCUCCUUGGCGAUAGAUAGAGGGUUAGAUCCACGGAGCACGCCGGAAAAUAACGCUCCGCCGCGGUGGAGCUUUUGGGGAGCCAUCCAGUUCAGCGUGACGCUCCUGACCACCAUUGGAUACGGGAGCAUGGCGCCGGUGACACCCGGAGGACGGGUGUUCUGUGUCCUGUACGGGCUGCUAGGGAUUCCCCUGACAGCGGUUCUCCUCGGGAAGAUAGCUCACGGGUUAGGCGGCGUGGCCAUACGUCUCACCCACAAAAUCCACCAGUUCAAACCCUCCUGGAAUAACGAGACUGUGGGCUUGGUGGUCACGACAGGGCUUGUAGUCCUUGGUUUGGUCGUCUUCGUCCUCCUCCCCGCGUUAACUGUGUCGAUCGUUGAGGAAUGGGUGUACCUGGACGCUCUGUACUUCAUGUUCGUUUCUCUCAGCACCGUAGGGUUCGGGGACUACCUAAUCGGAGAAAGGAGAGACAUAAACUACUCUAUCGUCUACUCGCUGCUGAUAGUGCUGUGGAUUCUUCUCGGACUCGCAUUUCUGGCCUUGAUCUUCGACCUGAUCUCGAGAAGCAUCGAGAAAGUGGGCGAGGAUAAAGUCGAGAACCAGGAAAUGGCGGGAAGUUCUCCCGAGGGCGGCGCAGACGACGCUGAGAAGGUUGGCGGGAAUUGUGAUGUCGAGACGGUUGUUGGGAGUGUGGAGAGCAUGGACAGUGAGACUACAUCGCUGUAAACGCGGGAAAGAAGACUUGCACCGCAAUAGGCAAAAUCCAGCUCAUUACCCAUGGCAAGUUGACGUCGACGGUCAAGUUGGAUCCGUCUUAGCCAUGAUUGUGACUGGGAUUCGAGUUCAGUUC